AUGGCUUCAACACGCCAACAGCUAGUAGCCCCGAAUGGGCGCAAAAUCACUCUUGAAACUGGAUUGUUCAUUGGCAAUAAAUGGGUGCGCGCCACCGAAGGCGGGCUGAUUGAAAGCAUCAAUCCCGCAGAUGAGACCGUCAUCACAUCUGUGCAAGCCGCUACCAAAGUGGAUGUGGAUGCUGCAGUGAAAACAGCCAAAGCCGCACUCAAGGAUCCAAGCUGGGCAGAUCUUCAUCCAUCAAGCCGAGGAAGCCUACUGAGGAGACUGAGUGACUUGGUAGAAGAGUACAGUGUCGAUCUAGCGACUCUUGAAGCGUGGGACAGUGGAAAGCCUUAUAGGGUCGCUUUGAAUGAAGAUGUCGCCGAAUUGAUCACGUGUCUACGGUACUUCGCAGGGUGGGCGGAUAAAGCACAUGGUCAGAUCGUUGAUGGUGGCGCUUCAAAAUUUGCGUAUACCAUUCGGGAGCCUUUCGGUGUAUGCGGUCAGAUUAUCCCUUGGAAUUACCCGUUGAUGAUGGCGGCGUGGAAGCUGGGCCCCGCAUUAGCAUGUGGAAACACUGUGGUGCUUAAGCCUUCUGAACUCACGCCACUGGCGAUUCUCUAUCUCGCGGAUCUCAUAACAUCUGCUGGCUUCCCUCCGGGCGUUGUGAACAUUCUCAAUGGGCACGGUCGAGAGGCGGGCGCUGCCAUCGCGGCACACCCUGAUAUUCAAAAAAUUGCGUUCACGGGAAGCACAUCCACUGGCCGCGAAAUAAUGAAGAUGGCUGCUUCUAAUCUCAAAGCCAUUACACUGGAGACUGGCGGCAAGUCGCCGUUGCUUGUGUUCAAGGACGCCGACAUGGAACAGGCUGUGAAAUGGGCACAUACCGGUAUCAUGAGCAACCAAGGCCAAAUCUGCUCCGGUACUAGUCGCAUUCUGGUCGAAAAGGAAGUAUACGAGUCAUUCGUUGACGCCUUCAAGACCUUCACUGAGAAGACUAGCAAAGUCGGCGAUCCAUUUGCCGAAAGUACAUUCCAAGGGCCCCAGAUUUCGAAAUCUCAGCAGGACAAAAUCCUGGCCUAUAUUGAUUCGGGCGUGAAACAGGGCGCCCGGCUCGUAUUGGGAGGAUCUUCCUGCAGAGGUCCCAGUGGCAAAGGAUUUUUCAUUGAGCCAACAAUCUUCUGUGAUGUCUCUCCUGACAUGAAAAUUUACCAAGAAGAGAUUUUUGGACCAGUUGUCGCCAUCUCACCAUUUGAGUCCGAAGAGGAUGCCAUUGAGCAAGCAAAUAAUUCUCCAUAUGGGUUGGCGUCUGCUGUGUUCUCUCAAGACAUUACUAGAUGUCAUCGUUUGGCGAAGAAGAUUGAAAGUGGAACGGUCUGGAUAAACAGCAGCAAUGACAGUGACUCGUUGACGCCAUUCGGAGGAAUGAAGCAAAGUGGCAUUGGUCGUGAACUGGGUCAAGCUGGAAUGGAGGCCUACUCGGUGAUCAAAUCUGUCCACGUAAACCUAGGAGCGAAGCUCUAA